GACUCACUUCAACGUUACAGAGACAAAAAAUGCCCACAGCUGUGCUUGGUUCGGUUCUCUGAGCCUGCGACUGAAGCUGUUUACUGUGACCUGGCCGCUCGACGACGAACCCACUGACGCUCCGUCUCCUGCUCAGAUCAACAUGAGCGGCACCAGUGCGUUUGCGUGCGGUGGAGUGAGUUUAGCCGUGUUUUAGGUCUGCGAAGCUGCUGUGGCCUCUGUGCGCCUCUCACCAACGCCACGGCUAAGCUAGCUGCUAGCUGUCAUUUAGUGGAGGUUCAGCACCAUGAAUCUGAUACGUCUCGUGUGUCGCCACAAAACAGCCCUGGUCGUUGGCAUUGUUUGCACCUUUGCAGUAGUUCUUGUCUUCUUGGCCAAAUGCACAUCAGAAACGCUCAAACAGGGUCACCAAGACCCUCCAGGCCAGGUCCGCAAAGUUUCAAAGCCUCCUCCAGAUCAGUGUAAUCCCUCCCUCGAUGCCAAGGACACGUCCGCUUUCCUCGUGGUCCUCAUCACAACCGGGCCGAAGUACACCGAGCGGAGAAGUAUCAUCCGCAGCACCUGGCUUGCCAAGCGGGACUCUGAUGUUCUGGCCAUGUUUGUGGUAGGAACUCAGGGGCUUCCAAAUGAAGACCUUCAGAACCUUAAAACAGAGCACAGGCGGCACCAAGACCUGCUCUUACUGCCCGAGUUGCGUGAUUCUUACGAGAACCUAACACUCAAGCUGCUGCACAUGUACUCCUGGCUGGACCAGAAUGUGGAUUUCAAGUUUGUCCUCAAAGCCGACGAUGAUACAUUUGCUCGCCUGGACGUACUUAAGGAGGAGCUGAAGGGGAAGGAACCCACACGAUUGUACUGGGGUUUCUUCUCUGGGAGAGGCAGAGUGAAAACAGCGGGCAAGUGGAGGGAAAGCUCCUGGGAGCUCUGCGACUACUACCUCCCCUACGCACUGGGCGGUGGCUACAUCCUCUCAGCUGACCUGGUGCACUACAUACAUAUUAACACAGGUUACUUCAAGACAUGGCAGAGCGAAGACGUGUCACUGGGGGCGUGGCUGGCACCAGUGGAUGUCAGGCGGACACACGACCCACGCUUUGACACAGAGUAUAAAUCGCGUGGCUGCAACAACAAAUAUCUGGUCACACAUAAGCAGAGUCUGGAGGACAUGUUGGAGAAACAUCAGACUCUGCAGCGGGAUGGGAGACUGUGCAAGGAGGAAGUCAAGCUGCGGCUGUCAUAUGUGUACGACUGGAGCGUGCCUCCCUCUCAGUGCUGCCAAAGGAAAGAUGGCAUUCCUUAAUUAUUGUCCUUUUACACUGCUGACGUUAAAAUUAUGUUCUUUAAUCCAAACAGGGCAACAGAUACUUGAUGUUAUAGGGUUAGACACUGGGCUUUAUCAUUCAGACACUCCCUGUUAUUAUAGUCCCAGUUUGAUUUGGAUUAAAAGCCAUCAAACUAAAGUCUCUUUUUUACAAGCAGUAUAAAUAUUUCUCUCAGACUGGGUUUUCAUACAGACCUCUAUAAAUAAGAUGUCUAUAUAAAAUACAGUCCUAUAGCUCUAAUUAUUAGGAAAACAACUACAAAUGAUACCGUGUAAUAUUGUAGGAUAACUGGCAGAGAAAUAUUACCUGUUAAAUCAAAGGGCAGCUUCAGUAUUGUGUUGUUUUGUUGUUGCUUUUUCCUUUCGGCCUUGUUAUUUGGACCCAUGAUGAGUCAGUGUUCUUUAAACCGCCAGUUUACACUUUACCGCCUCAUUUCCUCAGUGCAUCUUCUUUUGUGAAUUGUUUUGAACAAUAUGACAAUGUUUUAAAGUUUAUUCUAUACAGAUGAGAUUCUUACCCUGCCACAAUGUCUACAUUUUUAAAACUUUAUGUAUUUUAUUUAUUAUUAAUUUAUUCUAAGGUUAACACAACACACUGGUCCUGAGUUGAGACUGUUGCGCGCUGCAUGUGUGAGUAGAGUUUGUAUUUAUAGACCGUUUGAGGGACUUGUGUAUUUUACACACUAAUGAACAAGAGUUGUUCACUUUGAAAUGUAAAAUUGAGAUUUUUGGGUGGUCAGAGUUGCAUAGAAUGUGUUAGUGAAAAUGUCAGAAUGUGUUUUAUUCAGCAGGCCUUUGUAUUCCUUAUGCUGGAGUCUAUGAUGUUAUUUACUUCUCAUAACUUGCUCAGUGUGUUUACUGUGCAGUUAUUUGUGAAUGUCUGUUUGCAUAUUCAGAUUGAGAGACUUGACAUAGACUACCAACGGGCACUUGGUCACUUUUUAAUCAUAAACAACAAAAGUCCAAAAAUCACUGUUUGAUGAGGACUUAUUCCUGACGUAAGGUUUAAUCAGUGUUAAUUUGCUGCAUAAUUCCAACAGCUGUGCCCCAGAAUCUGUAAAUCUGUGAUUUGCUUUGAUUAAAGGGAACAACGCACUAGUUGGGAGAACAGUCAAGAGGUCCUACAAAAAAACACCAUCCAAGUACAUUUUUACCACUGCUGUUACCUUUUAUGUGAAUAAUGACAUCACAAGUACUCAUUGUUGUUUCAGAUUCAAUGCAGACUCAUUGAGUGUUUGUUUUCAGCCUCCCGACAAGUUUUAUUAAACAUUUUAAAUGUAAUCCAGGUAUUUUUAGUGUCAUUCUGUUUAUCUGUUGUUUGAAACUGUAUGUGGAAUAUUUUUAGGAAACUACCUACACAAUUUAUAUAUAGAAGUAUAGAAGUUCUCAUUCAGUCUCUUGUCAAUAUUAUAUGUACUAGUUUUCAAAGUCUUUCUUUAAUAAAGUUCAUUUUAUACCA